AAAGAAUAAAUUUAUUAUUUAAUUUUUUUCGUUUCCAAACUGAUUGGUUCAUUAAUGUAGUGUGAUAGGACUUCAAAAGUUUUGCGAGUAUUUCUUUUUUUGUAUAUUCUAUUUAACGUUUGUAUUCAAAGCAUAUUUCAUUCAUUAUUAAUGUCCUCCAGCGAGAAAUUCAAAAUGAAUGACGGCGAUUGGAUAUGUUCAGAUACUCAGUGUAGUAAUGUGAAUUUUGCUCGAAGGUCUACUUGCAAUCGUUGUGGAAAAGAAAAAACUGCCAUACCACAGCGCAAAAAAUUGGGCCAUGAAAUUGGCAAAGCUGCUGCUGAGAAAAGUAGAGGUCUUUUCAGUGCUGAUGAUUGGCAAUGUGGAAGAUGUGGUAAUGUAAAUUGGGCUAGGAGACAGACUUGCAACAUGUGCAAUGCUCCCAAAUUUGGUGAAGUGGAAGAAAGAACAGGCCUUGGAGGAGGCUAUAAUGAAAGAGAAAAUGUUGAAUACAUUGAAAGAGAAGAAUCUGAUGGAGAGUAUGAUGAGUUUGGACGAAAGAAAAAGAAAUACCGAGGAGAUGAAAAACCGUUAAAAAAUAAAUACCAAAGUCUUAAAGAUGAAAAAGUGAAAGAAAUCUCCAAGCAGAAAUAUGAAGAGGAGGAAGAAGAAGAUGAUGAGGAUGAUGAAGACGGUGAUCUCUCCAAAUAUGACUUGACAGGUUGGGGAGAUGAUGAUGAGGAAGGAGAGAAUGAUAAAUCCAAGAAAGAAAAUUCUACAUCUCGAUCUCACUCUUCUGCAUCAUCUAGGUCAUCACGUUCUAAGUCACGAUCAUCCAGCAGUUCAUCUCGUUCAUCAAAGUCUUCACAUUCUAGUUCUGAUUCAGAAAAGCCAAAGUUGAAAAAUAAGAGACAAUACUCCAGGUCCAGAUCUAAUUCUCCAGAAAGAAGAAAGAAAAGUAGGAAAGGUUCUUCAAGUAGCAGUAGAUCAUCUUCUAGGUCAAGAUCAAGGUCUAAGUCUCAUUCACCUGUGAACAACCGCAAGAGAUGAAGCAGCAAGCUGUUUGCUUGACAGUUAAAGAUAGUUGGCAAAGAUCAGUUUCUGGAUGAAAAUGCAUUAUCAAGUGCUCUUCAGUAUCAAAGAUGCAUGUGCGUCCUUUUUAUAUACCUCCCUUUCUUUGUUUUCUUCCAGUUAGUAUUAAAUUUCUUAUUAAGUUUUAUUGAAUAAGCUAAUGCAUAUAAGAUUUUCUUAAAUAUUUCAGAAAUUAGUAAUAUUUCAAGAGAUGUUAGUUAUAGGAAUUUUGAUGCCUCAUAUCAUCCUGUUGUGUUUUUAUGCAUGCUAAGUCAUUGCAUAUACAAUUAAAAAAUGUAAGCAUAAAUAAAUUAUAAACUUAGAAA